AGCGACCAGCAGCAUCUCCGUGGCUACACGGAACCGGUGCGCGCACCCACGGUUUCCACCCAUCCAUGGCGGCCGUGCGCAUUGCCCCACGCCUCCGCUCUCUCCCGCUCCUGCUCCCCGGACCAGACGCCGCCGCCACCGCCGCCGCCGUCCACCGCAGCUGCUCCUCCUGUGGCGGUAGCUUGGCCGCGUUGGCGCCUGCCCGCCUGCGCGCCAUGUCGUCGUCGUCCUCCUCCUCCUCCGUCUCCCCCUCCCCGUACACGACGCUCGUGGGUCGCGUGAGCUGCGAGCGCGAGAUCAAGAAGAGCAAGUUCAUCGCCAUCGCCGCCCCCGUCCCCGACGAGCGCGCCGCCAUGUCCUUCCUCAACGAGGUCAGUGAUCCCCGUGCAACCCAUAAUUGCUGGGCGUAUAAGCUGGGAGAGCAAUUCCGUUACAAUGAUGAUGGUGAACCUUCAAGCACCGCUGGAAAGCCAAUAUACUCUGCCAUUAUUUCAUCUGGCAUUGAUAUGGUCAUGGUGGUGGUAAUCAGAUACUUUGGAGGCAUAAAAUUAGGAACUGGUGGGCUGGUGAGAGCUUAUGGUGGGGUUGCUUCUGAAUGCCUAAAAGAUGCUCCUACUUGUCUUGUAAAACCAAAGGCUCGUGUGGGUAUGGAGGUACCAUUUGAUCUCUUGGGAACAGUCUAUCAUCAGUUGCAACAUUACCAAGCUGAAGAUAUCAAACAGGACUAUGACACUGGGAAAGAUGGUACUGUUAUGGUCAUGUUCAAAUUGGAAUAUGAAAAAAUUGAGAAUCUUGGGAAUGCAGUAAAUUCAGCCUGCAGCAGGAAAAUAGAACUACUCCUAUAAGUGGAAUCAUAGGGUUAAGUGUGACCAUGCAGAUUCAAUGUUCAGGUUGUGCCUACUGCAGCCUCUGUUAACCAGUGCACUACUACUACCCCUGAAAUAUUCAGCCUUUGACUCGACGAUAGUUCUUAGCAGCAACUUCAGAUUGGAGUUCCCCAAUGUAAACGGCAGAAUCAUGUUCUACUGAGAUUAUUGAUCCUCCAAACAUACAUAUAUAUUAGUUUCUCAUCCUGUCUACCAUCUAUUGUAAGUUACCAAUAAUAACGUCUUAGUAUUAUACUCUUGUAGCAUUGAUAUGUUGAAAGAGAUGUUAUGAUAACUUCUCCAUGAUCUUUAUGACCAAAUUGACAUUAAUUUGGCUGAUCUUUUGAUUCAGCUGUGUUAUUUUGAUGCGUAA